AAUCUGUAAUAUCAAGCUGCCUCAUUUGCAUGGGAGGGCUAUAAAAGCAGCAGCCCGGGAGGCGGAGGGAACAGUUUUCUCGUUGAUCGGAAAGCGUAAGGAUAGUUGAUCAUGCCUGAUCCAGCCAAGUCCGCUCCAGCCGCGAAGAAAGGCUCCAAGAAAGCAGUGACCAAGACCCAGAAGAAAGAUGGGAAGAAGCGCAGGAAGACAAGGAAGGAGAGUUACGCCAUUUACGUGUACAAGGUGCUGAAGCAGGUGCACCCCGAUACCGGCAUCUCCUCCAAGGCCAUGAGCAUCAUGAACUCCUUUGUCAACGAUGUGUUUGAGCGCAUCGCAGGGGAAGCCUCCCGCCUGGCUCAUUACAACAAGCGCUCCACCAUCACCUCCCGGGAGAUCCAGACCGCGGUCCGCCUGCUGCUGCCUGGGGAGCUGGCCAAGCACGCCGUGUCCGAGGGCACCAAGGCUGUCACCAAGUACACCAGCGCCAAGUAACUGCUGCCCCAUCUCCUGCCCUACUCCCAGCAACACAAAGGCUCUUCUAAGGGCCACCCACCCCCUCCCUAUAAGGUCUGUAACUGGUUAUUGGCUAUAGGGGCUCUAUAAUAUAAAUGAACGUAAAUAUUAUGAGGAAACGGUCGAUAACAUUGGCACCGGGUAGAAUCCGGUGUAUAAUUAUUUCUGGCGGGGGCAGGAGCUGCUCUAACGCGCGGAGAGCGGUUGGGCUGUGGGUACAAUAUACAGGGACAUUUCGGUGCUUCCCAUAGGUUUUUCCCAGUUCGAAUACAUCUUACCCUUAGUAACAAACCCGACAGUCCUAGGGAUUUGUUGAUA